GCUGCGAUAGGGAAUCUUCUUUAUAAUUUACACUUGUCGGAAGGAAAACGGUUCGGUCAACCUCUUAGUAUUAUAAUGGCUGAUUGGCCCCCAAAUUAUAGUUCAGCUACAAUAUCGUCGGCUCCGGUAUGUUAAUCACACAUCCCGAGCUGUAUCUGUUCAUGAAAACUAUUUGCUCGUCGAAAUACUCGUCAUCAUGUCUCGCCAACUUAUCAGCAACGAGGAAUUUCCACAAAGGCCUCACAACUGCCCAGCCGUAACGGUACCUGGCCUCGUAUUUUGCUCAGGCCAGAUCGGCAAAGGGGAAAUCAAACAGGCCACCACCACUGCCUUGAGUAACCUUAAGAAAGUCCUCGAGUUGUCUGGUUCAUCCAUCGAAAAGGUUGUCAAGUUCAAUGUCUACUUGCAAGACAUGAAGGACUUCGACACCAUGAAUGAGGCAUACAUCGCAUUUCUUCCGCCAAACCCGCCAGCGCGAACUUGCAUCCAGGCUGGAUGUCUGCCAGGGGGUGCCGUCGUCGAAAUAGAAUGCAUCGCAAUGGCAGGCACCGAAAGUGCGAAACUUUGAGUAGUCAGCGUUAUUAUCGCCCCGGAUUCACCAUUGGUUGUAAAGAAAGGUAGUUCAACCGCCAUAAAACGAGUUCAUGGCGCCGUAGCUGAACUCAUACGCGUCAAGCAGGCUGAACCAUAAAGACAUUGGCAUAUGAAAGUCCCCUUGCGACACAUAUAGACAAAAUUCUCAGAGUGAUUAAUGAAGGUUGAUGCAUCCAAGGACUGUUGGGGCGCACAGAGAAAUAUAAGGGUGAUGUAUU